AUGAGGACGCUCAGUUGGAACUGUCGAGGGAUUGGGAAUGACCUCACAGUUCGACGCCUAGAGGAGAUGCACAAAAAGUAUCAUCCUGGUUUAAUAUUCCUAUCAGAGACGAAGAAUAAGAAAUCUGUGCUCCAAGGCAUUCAAGUUGAUUUAGGUUAUGAUAGUCUGUUUACCGUAGAGCCUCAUGGCCUAAGCGGUGGUUUAGCUUUACUAUGUAUGGAUGAAUUCCAAGUUAAUGUUAUAUUCUCAAACAAUCGUAUGAUUGAUGUAGAAGCAGUUAUUGAUGGAAAUAAAGUGUUCAUGACCUUUGUUUAUGGUGACCCUGUCCAAGACCAAAGAGAACUCGUAUGGGAACGUCUUACGCGUUUCGCAGUUAAUCGCAAUGGACCAUGGUUCAUGAUAGGAGAUUUCAAUGAAAUUUGUGGACACCAUGAGAAACAAGGAGGUAGAACAAGACCCGACGCAUCGUUCCUUCCUUUCAAUCAAAUGAUACAUGAUUGCGGAAUGUUAGAAUUUCCUUGCUCAGGAAACCAACUCUCAUGGGUUGGAAGAAGAGGACGCACACUUGUGCGAUGCCGACUCGACCGGGCAUUAGGAAACGAAGACUGGCACGAAAGUUUCCCGCAUUCAAAUGUUCAGUACUUAAGAUUAUGGGGCUCAGAUCAUCGGCCAGUACUUGCUAACAUUCUCAGCAAACCUAUACGACGGAGAAAAUCUUUCCGGUUUGAUAGGAGAUGGCUGGACAGAGAAGAAAUCUCAGCGGUGGUCCAAGAUGGAUGGUCGUCCUCUCUCCCACCUGACGCUAACUUAAUGACCAGAAUCUCAAGUGUAAGGAAAGCUCUCGGAAGGUGGCGGAGCCAAAAUGAUCUCAAUGCAGAAAAGCAUAUAACAGAACUUAAGGAUAAGCUUGAUUCCUUGUACAGUGACGGGAAUGCCACCACUGAAGAGAUUUCAGAGGCAACGAAGGAGCUACAUGAAGCUUUGAGAUCAGAAGAACUAUUCUGGAAACAGAAAAGCAGAGUGCUGUGGCUACGAGAAGGAGACCGAAACUCAAAAUUUUUUCACGCCGCAACAAAACAAAGAAGAGCAAGAAACCGUAUCACUAGUUUGAUUGAUGAACAAGGCCAGAGAGAAGAAAAUGAAGAAGGAAUUGUAGCCAUUGCUACAAGAUAUUUCCGUGGUCUUUUCGAAACAUCAAAUCCAGUAGAGAUCGAGGCAACACUUGACAAGGUUAAAAUUGUCAUCACCGACAACAUGAACGAGACUCUUACAAAACCGGUGACAGAAAAUGAAGUCAAGGAUGCUCUCUUUGCAAUGCAUCCAGAGAAGGCACCGGGUCCAGACGGCAUGACCGCACUGUUCUAUCAGAAGUUCUGGGACAUCCUUAAACAAGACAUCACCCGUAUGGUGAAUGAGUUUUUGGCGGAAGGUACCAUUGUACCGGGAAUCAAUGAGACGAACAUUUGUCUCAUACCCAAGAAGGAGAAACCUCAAGAAAUGAGUCAAUUUAGACCAAUAAGCUUAUGUAACGUAAGUUACAAGAUCAUAUCGAAACUAUUGUGCCAACGUCUAAAAAGGAUACUCCCCAAGUUCAUCUCAGAGACCCAAUCGGCCUUCGUCGCGGGAAGACAAAUUACAGAUAAUAUCUUGAUCGCACAAGAAUUAUUCCAUGCACUGAGGACAAAUCCCGGAGGAAGAAAUAAGAGAAUGGCAAUAAAAACCGACAUGAGUAAAGCUUAUGAUCGAGUUGAAUGGGAUUUCAUUGAGGCUGUUAUGAGGAAGAUGGGAUUUGCAGAGACAUGGAUUAGAUGGAUAAUGAGAUGCAUUACAUCAGUGUCGUAUCAUGUGCUCAUCAACGGACAGCCCCGAGGUAACAUUAUACCAAAACGAGGACUGAGACAAGGAGAUCCUCUGUCUCCUUUUAUCUUCAUUAUAUGCACGGAAGUACUCAUAGCCCUGCUAAACGAGGCGGAAAACGGAAGUAAGAUAACUGGAAUGCGAGUGGCACGUGCCAGUCCACCGGUAUCUCACCUUCUUUUCGCCGACGAUAGCCUGUUCUUUUGCAAGGCGGAGCCCCGUGAAUGCAGUGAAGUUCUCUCCAUCCUACAUAAGUAUGGUAAAGCCUCAGGACAACGCAUAAACUUUGAAAAAUCCUCACUGCUCUUUGGCAAGAGGGUUCCCGGAUCUACUAAAACACACAUCAAAUCUAUAACCGGAAUCCAAAACGAAGGGGGAAUGGGGACCUAUCUAGGAAUCCCAGAAGACAUUAGUGGAUCAAAAUGUAAACUCUUUGCGUAUAUCAAGGAGCGCCUCCAAAACAGAGUAAAUGGAUGGAGAUCAAAAUGGCUUUCUAAAGGAGGGAAGGAGAUUUUGAUAAAAUCAGUAGCACUGGCACUUCCAACCUACGUCAUGUCCAGCUUUCUACUCCCGUUGGAGGUAUGCGAUCAGCUCACAAGUGCGAUAGCAAGAUUCUGGUGGAGCUCUGACGCAGAAAGAAGAGGAAUUCAUUGGGCAACUUGGGAUAAAAUGUGCAUAUCAAAAGAGGAGGGUGGAACAGGUUUCAGAGACAUCCAUGACUUUAAUCUAGCCCUGUUAGCAAAGCAAUUAUGGAGACUCUUACGGUUUCCGGACUCCUUGUUGGCAAGAGUCUUGCGAGGAAAAUACUUCCCUUACAGCACACCACUUAGAGCUGGCCACACUGACUCUCCGUCGUACGGAUGGAGAAGUAUUCUAGCGGCUAGACCAUUGCUAACAAUGGGAAUCCUGCAGAAAGUUCACUCUGGACUCAAUACUAGAGCUUGGGAGGAUCCUUGGAUCCCAACUAUCCCAGCUAGACAUGCAAAUCCAAGGAUCCCAGUUGUCCAUCCUAGAAUGACCGUUAGCGACUUCAUAAACAGAGAGAUAAAGGCAUGGAAUGUAGAGAUGUUAGAAGAAUAUAUGGAGCCAGAGGACAUUCCCCUGAUACGAAGUAUAGCCAUCAACAAGACUUUCCACAUGGAUAGCUUUAGUUGGGGCUAUACUAAGAGCGGUCUCUAUACAGUAAAAUCAGGGUAUUGGGUGGCAAAAAAUUUACUCAAUCCAGCAGAAGAAACAUGUUCGGAACCAAGUAUCCGACCUUUACAAGUUCAAGCUUGGAAGAGCAAGGCCCCUUACAAGAUUAAGCACCUCUUAUGGCAAAUCAUUUCAGGUUACUUAGCGGUUACUAAAAACCUCAAUCACAGAGGGAUGAGAUGUGAUAAUCACUGCCCUCGCUGCGGAGCUCCUGAAGAAACGAUUAACCACGCCAUAUUUGAAUGUCCACCAGCUCUUCAAACGUGGGCCCUUGCCCCCAUUCUUACGCCACCAAGCUUAUUUCCCUCGUCUGGGAUAUACACGAACAUGGACUAUCUAUUCUGGAGAAGACCUAACAUGGAUAAUGCUGAGGAUGAUUGUGAUCCCUUUCCAUGGAUCAUAUGGUUCAUAUGGAAAGCCCGCAAUGAGAAACUCUUCCGUGGAAUCAACAGAGACCCAUUAGGGACUGUUCGCCAUGCAGUAGCUGAAUGUCGAGCUUGGCACCAAGCCAAUUCUAAAGCUCCACUUCUUUCAACGACGGGAACCCAAGCCAUACGCUUGAGAGAUGUAUGUAUUGUCGAUGGCUCUUGGCACCGAGAACAAGCCCACAGCGGAGCUGGAUGGAUUUGGAUAGAUCCAGAUGGAACUCAACGCUUACUAGGCAUCCAUAACCAACCACGACGCAUCUCCCCUCUUCAUGCAGAAUUAGAAGCAUUAAUGUGGGCUAUGGAAUGUGCAGCGCAGUAUACCAACGUUCAAGCCUUUGCAACUGACUGCCAAGACGUCUUAAAGAUGAUCGAGAAACCAGAGGACUGGCCAAAGUUCUCAACGGAGUUGCAGGAGUUCAGUAGUCUACGAAAACUUUUCUCCUCCUUCUCUAUUUCGUAUCUCCCUCGUGCUUCAACUAGUAAAGCUGAUCAUCUGGCUAAGCUUGCUAGGUUGUACCCUAGAAGUAACGGUAACGGUAAAGUUGGGUUUCUAAGUAACCGUCAAAGAGCUAACGUGGCGCUCACUCGAGGAAGGCACUGUUUAUGGGUUAUUGGGAACGAGACCACUUUGGCUCUGAGUGGUUCUAUUUGGAGUAAGCUGAUAAGCGAGUCGAGGACUCGUGGAUGCUUCUUCGAUGCUGUUAAUGAGAAGUGUCUCAGAGAUGCCAUGAAUGAUGUUUUGGUUGAAGAUGUUUCUUCGAGUUUUGGAUCUCUUUCCAUCAGAAAAUGGUAG